AUGAGCAACUUGAUGCUGCUUAUACCAAAGAUACUGGAAUAUUCCGAAGAGCAGUCAGGGAACAUUGUCUAUGGAGUGGGACUCUGCUUUGCCCUGUUUCUCACCGAGUGUCUGAAGUCUGUGAGUCUGAGCUCAUGUUGGGUCCUCAACCAGCGCACAGGCGUCAGGUUUCGUACAGCCGUUUUCUCCUUUGCCUUCGAGAAGCUAAUGCAAUUUAAGUCUCUAACACACAUCACCACGGGAGAGGUAUUCCUGAUCAGAAGGGUUGUGAAGAUACAGAAGGACACAUCUGAGGUCAGCGACCAGCGCAUCCGCGUGACCAGUGAAGUCCUCACCUGCAUUAAGACGAUUAAAAUGUACACGUGGGAGAAACCAUUUGCCAAAAUCAUUAAAGACCUGAGAAGGAAGGAAAGGAAACUAUUGGAGAGGAGUGGGCUUGUCCAGAGCCUGACCACUGCCAGCUUCUUCACAGUCCCAGUGGUGGCCAUAGUGGUGAUGUUCCUCAUUCACACGUGCUUAUGGCUGAAACUCACAGCUUCAGCAGCCUUCACCAUGGUAGCUGUGUUGAAUCCCAUGCGGCUGCCAGUGUUGUUUGUGCCUUAUGGACUCAAAGGCCUCACAAAUUCCAAGACUGCAGCGGAGAGGUUCAAGAAGUUUUUCCUCCAAGAGAGCCCUGUUUUAUACGUCCAGGCAUUGAAAGAUCCCAGCAAAGCACUGGUUUUGGAGGAGGCCUCCCUGUCCUGGCUACAGACCUGCCCCAGGAUUGUCAAGGGAGCCUUGGAGCUGGAAAGAAACAGACAUACUCCCAAGGGGAUGACUAGGGCGCGGCCACCUCCAGGUGUCCUCAGGCCAGAGGAUGAAGGGGACAGCCUGGCCCCAGGGUUGCACAAGAUAAACCUGGUGGUGUCAAAGGGGACCAUGGUAGGGGUCUGUGGCAACACUGGGAGUGGCAAGAGCAGCCUGUUGUCAGCCAUCCUGGAGGAGAUGCACUUGCUGGAGGGCUCAGUGGGGGUGCACGGAAGCCUGGCCUAUGUCCCACAGCAGGCCUGGAUCAUCGCGGGCAGCGUCAGGGAGAACAUCCUCAUGGGAGGCCAGUAUGACGAGGCCCGGUACCUCCAGGUGCUCCAUUGCUGCUCCCUGACCUGGGACCUGGAGAUUCUGCCCUUCGGAGACAUGACGGAGAUCGGGGAGCGGGGCCUCAACCUCUCUGGGGGACAGAAGCAGAGAAUCAGCCUGGCCCGCGCUGUCUACUCUGACCGCGACGUCUACCUGCUGGACGACCCCCUGUCGGCCGUGGACGCCCACGUGGCGAAGCACAUCUUUGAGGAGUGCAUUCAGAAGAAGCUCAGGGGGAAGACCGUGGUCCUGGUGACCCACCAGCUGCAGUAUUUAGAGUUUUGUGACCAGAUCAUUUUGCUUGAAGAUGGGAAAAUCUGUGAAAAAGGAACUCACAGUGAGUUAAUACAGAAACAGGGGCGAUAUGGCCAACUAAUACAGAAGAUGUUCCGGGAAGCCACACAGGAGGUGCUGCAGGACACAGCAAAGAGGGCGGAAGAGCCUCAGGUGGAAGGUCAGGCCCAGACCACCUGCCGGGAAGAGCCUCUCCCUGACAAUGCUGUGCUGGAACAUCAGCUCACCCAGACAGAGAAGAUGGAAGAAGGGUCCCUGAGAUGGAGCGUCUACCACCACUACAUCCAGGCAGCUGGAGGCUACAUGGUCUCUGUCAUGGUUCUCCUUCUCAUGGUGGUGUUCAUCUUCAUCAUGACCUUCAACUUCUGGUGGCUGAGCUAUUGGCUGGAGCAGGGCUCAGGGACCAAUAGCAGCCGAGAGAGCAACAGGACCACUGCAGACUCAGGUGACAUCCUGGACAACCCUCAGCUGCCCUUUUACCAACUGGUGUAUGGCCUCAGCACCCUGUUCCUAAUCUGCACUGCAAUCUGUUCCUCGGGGGCUUUCACCAAGGUCACGAGGAAGGCAUCCACAGCAUUGCACAACAAGCUCUUCAACAAGGUGUCUCGCUGUCCCAUGAGUUUCUUUGACACGACCCCAAGAGGGCGACUCCUGAACUGCUUUGUGGGGGACUUGGAUGAGCUGGACCAAUUCUUGCCCAUUGUUGCUGAACAGUUCCUGCUGGUGUUUUUAGCUGUGAUCUCCACCCUGGUGGUUGUCAGUGUGCUGUCUCCAUACAUCCUGCUGACAGGAGUCGGAUUAGCCAUUGUUGGCUUCAUUUAUUACCUGAUGUUCAAGAGGGCCAUCAAUGUGUUCAAGAGACUGGAGAACUAUAGCCGCUCCCCUUUAUUCUCCCACAUCCUCACCUCUCUGCAUGGCCUGAGCUCCAUCCAUGUCUAUGGGAAAACUGAAGACUUCAUCAAGGAGUUUAAAAGGCUGACUGAUGUGCAGAAUAACUACCUGCUGAUGUUUCUGUCUUCCACGCCAUGGGUGGCCUUGAGGCUGGAGCUCAUGACCAACCUGAUGACCCUGGCCGUGGCCUUGUUCGUGGCCUUUGGCAUUUCCUCUGCCCCCUAUUCCUAUAAAGCCAUGGCUAUCAGCCUUGUCCUGCAGCUGGGGGGCAACUUCCAGGCCAUUACCCGGACUGGUUCUGAGACACAGGCAUACUUCACGGCUGUGGAGAGGAUGCUGCAGUACCUCAAAAUGUGUGUCCCUGAGGCUCCUUUACAGAGAGAAGGCAGGAACUGUCCCCAUGGGUGGCCACAGCGCGGGGAAAUCACAUUCCAGGAUUAUCAGAUGAAAUACAGACACAACACACUCAUUGUCCUCAAUGGCAUCAACCUGACGAUUCACGGCCAAGAAGUGGUGGGCAUCGUGGGAAGGACGGGCUCUGGGAAGUCCUCCUUGGGGGUGGCUCUCUUCCACCUGGUGGAGCCCGCGGCAGGCCGGAUUCUCGUCGAUGGCGUGGACAUCUGCAGCGUCAGCCUGGAGGACCUGCGGUCCAGGCUCUCAGUUAUCCCUCAAGAUCCCGUCCUGCUCUCAGGAACCAUCAGAUUCAACCUGGAUCCCUUUGAUCACUACUCAGACGAGCAGAUCUGGGAUGUCUUGGAGAGGACAUUCCUGAGCAAGACAAUCUCCAGGUUCCCCCAAGCGCUGCAAGCAGAAGUGGUGGAAAAUGGUGAGAACUUCUCUGUGGGGGAGAGGCAGCUGCUCUGCAUCGCUCGAGCCCUCCUCCGCAACUCCAAGAUCGUCCUAAUUGAUGAAGCCACGGCCUCCAUUGAUGUGGAGAUGGACACCCUGAUCCAGCGCACAAUCCGUGAAGCCUUCCAGGGCUGCACAGUGCUGGUCAUUGCACACCGCAUCACCACUGUCCUCAACUGUGACCGCAUCCUGGUCAUGAGCAGUGAGAAGGUUGUAGAGUUUGACAGGCCUGAGGUCCUGCAGAAGCGGCCCGGGUCCAUGUUUGCAGCCCUGCUGGCAACAGCCAGUUCUUUGCUGGGCUAAGGAGAAAUGGAGACUGCAGGGAGUCUGG